AUGGGUGACUGGAUGAGUUUGGAAGCCAUUAUGCGAGACCUGUCAGUAGCUCAAGGAUCCUGUGUUCCAGCCAGUUUGGAGACAUACACAUCCAAUGCUCCCCCAGCAUACAAUAUUGACGAAGAGGAAAGUGAAGAACAAAAAUACUAUACAUGUGAUGCGGAUGCAGAAGCAAGCUUUGGAGCACCAGACUGUAGUCAGAUUCAACAAAUGCUUAGGCUGGUAAAAGAAAGUGAAGCCAAUAAAGAUGAGAAUCUAAAUGGAUCAGGUGACUUUAACCUGCUGAGCUCAGAGGUAGCAAAGAAUAGAAAUAAAAAGAAAUUAAAGAAAAAUGCAGCUCUCUCGUCCAUCAUAGCUGCACAGGAGGCAGAUGAAGCGAGAAAACAUCUUAUUGGUGACAAUAUUGUUCAGAAUAUGUUUAAAAGAAAAAGUAGAGUUGUUAGUGAAGUCAAAGAUCCUGCUCCUAAGGUUCCCAUACCUGCUCCAUCCUUACCAAGACCUAUUCACAAAUAUACUCCAAGUGCACGAGCUAAAGAAUAUUACCACAAGUUUGAAGAGCAAACCAAGUUUCGGGAACAGUUUCAAGAGGAUAUAUGGUCUAUAGUUGAACGACAGAUGUAUGAAAUUGACGAGAAACGGCAGGAAGCUGAGCUGGCCAGUCUACAAGAGUCUGAUGUCACAAGCACAAGUGCUUCCAGUUCUACAAGUGGUUACGAUAUAGUGAACUUGCCGUGUCACCGUCACGAAAUUGAAGCUGAUUGCGUGGUAUGCAUAGUUGCCUGCAAACAUGGGUACAACUUUUAA